AUGGAUGCACGUCCUUGGCUCGCACUGUUAACGGGUGUGAUGCUGGUCUCUGCGGAGCUUUGCUUGCCUGAUGGCAUUCCCAGGACUAGCCGGGAGUACAUUCAGGAUCCGCUGAACAGCCCGGAGGGCAGCGCCAUCCGAAUGGUCGUUUACGACUGGGCAGCUGCUGAGGUUGCCACGGAGCUGACUGCCAUCCUGCUGUCGGAGGUCUUGGGCUACCACGUCGAGGUCAGCUCAGAGAGGACCACGGGAUCCGUGGCGAGUGCACUGCAGCUCGCCGGCUGCGUCUCCUUCGACUGCUCGGAGAAGCAGCCUCGCAGCCACGUGGCCAUGGACACCUGGGUGGCCGGAAUGCCAGGGGAGCUGGCGGACUUCGAACGGACGCAUCCCGAGUUGGCCGCCAAGAGCAUGGGCUCCAUGGGGUACAGCGGCCAGGACACCCUCUAUGUGAAAGGGUCUGUCCGUGAUGAGGCCUACUAUACAUCGGGGCUUGCCUUGGAGUUCUACAAGAGCUACAACACGUCCCUGCACGAGCCCUCCAAGUUCUUUAGCAAAGUUUCCGACCUGGACAAAGCUGACUUUGUCCCCUGCAACUCGAGCGCGCACGAGUUCACCAACGAUGUGCAGAUGAGGUUCUAUGGCCAGUGGACGGGGGACUGGGAAGGCGUGCUCGAGACCGAAACAGGAUACAUCGCCAACUGCUCGGACGGCCAUUUCUGGGUGUCCCCCGCUUGCCGCCACAACGUCUCGGAGUGCAUCCCCAUCGUGGCGGCCGGGUUUGGGUGGAACGUCUACGUCUUCAUGCAGUGGUCCACUUUAUUUUCCAUGCCGACUGCUAUUGGCAUCCCCAAAGGGGAGGAGCAGCGGAGAUUUGCUGUGGAGAACUUCAGGACGCUUUUCCACUGGUGGUCCCCCGACGCAGCUUUCACGCACCUGGAUGCCUCGAUGCUGGUGUUUCCUCAACAUAACAGGCGCGAGUGGGAGGCCGGCUGGUACCGGACUGCAUAUCCUGAGAACCAGAUCAUCAAGCUCGUGGCCGGGCAGCUGACUGGGAUGGCACCUCGAGUCACGCGGUUCUUGGAGAACUUGGAGCUUUACCUCGAUGACGUGCAGGGCCUCCUCCUCGAGCUGGAAGCCGGGGCAACUGCGCGGGCUGCAUCGUGCAACUGGGUCCGCGCCCAGCGGAGCGUUUGGACAGGUUGGAUUCCCGUGGACACGCAGUGCCUGCCGGGUGAAGGAGGGCACCUCACAGACCGAUCCGCGGCGGUGGGUUGCUCGGCAUGCCACCCGGGCAACUUCUCCGAGGCUUUCCGCGAUGGCCAGGGGGCCACUUACGUUUGCCGGCCCUGCCCAGCGGGAAGCUUUGAGAACGCCUUCGGCAAGACCCACUGCGUGGACUGCGACGUGGGGACCUUCACGGAAGGGACCGGCCAAGCACACUGCACUCGCUGCGGUCUGGGCCGCUAUGCAAACUCGACGGGAAUGACCCACUGUCAUGCCUGUGGCAUCGACCACUGGACGACCAGCCAGCGUGUCCCGAGCGAGGGCUUGGAGAAGUGGCUUGAAGUGGAUGGGGCGACGUCGGAAUCCUAUUGCACAUGCGUCGAAGGUUGGUUUCUCAACAAGGGAACCUGCGAGCGGUGCCUGCGGGGCUCCAGCUGCAUAGGGAGCGAGAUUCGGCUGCUGCCGGGCUUCCACUCCACGCUGGAGGACCCUCGAAAGGGCUGUGCUUGA